UCAUUAAAAGCGGAGCGGAACCAGGUCCUGCCUUGCGCGUCGCCACUCCCAAGCAAUGUAUUCCUCGCCCCCUCCGGACGCUUAUAACAAGUUCAGCGCCGGAGCUCCGCCAACGGCGGCGCCGCCGGCAGCGUACCAGCAGCACGGGGCCGUGAACAUGAACCCCUCACGCCCCGGCGCCGCGCUGCGGACAUGGUCCACCGGCCUCUUCCACUGCAUGGACGACCCGGGGAACUGUCUCAUCACUUGCCUGUGCCCCUGCAUCACGUUCGGGCAGAUCGCUGACAUCGUGGACAAAGGCACCUGCUCUUGUAUUGCGAGUGGACUGAUCUAUGGGCUCAUCUGCGCCUCGACGGGGAUGGGUUGCCUCUACUCGUGCCUCUACCGGUCCAGGCUGAGGGCCGAGUACGACCUGCAAGAAGGGGAAUGCCCCGACUUCCUGGUCCACUGCUGCUGCGAGCACCUGGCGCUCUGCCAGGAGUACCGCGAGCUCAAGAACCGCGGCUACGACCUGGGGAUCGGUUGGGAUGCCAACAUGGACCGGCAGAGGCGAGGCGUUGCCAGCGGCACGGUAAUGGGGGCGCCGGCCACGCCGCUGGGCAUGAUUAGAUAGGCGAUGAUGGUUGUGAAAUGGCGAUGCUUUGCUCCCGUGGUCCUUCGUGUUGCUAUGCUGUUAAUAUUUUUUUUCUCGUCUUGCGAGUGGAGAUCAGAACGCAUGUAUUUAAGAUUUUAAGCUGGUUGUGUAUUGCUACUUGGUAGUAUCUGUACGGUAAUCUGAAGUGUGGACAAUGUCCGGACCUUUGGCUGUGUACCUAAAGUUCCCUUUGUGUUUGUUGUAAUUCGUAAUCCGCUCGUACGAGGGGUACUAGCUGUUGGAAUUAUGGACUUGGUUCAUUUAUUCUAAUCAAUGUAAUAAAAGAAUUUAAACUCCA